AUGGCCGCUAAAUCAGCUGCACCCGAUGCCAAUCUUCUCAACAGCUCGGAGUUACUGAAGAAGAUCGAUAAACUGCGCGAGAAAAACGUCGGAAAACAUGUUCCUCUCCCUCAGCUAGUAGUUGUUGGAGACCAGAGCUCGGGAAAGUCCUCUCUCCUCGAAAGUCUCACUAAGAUCCCUUUCCCCCGUGAUCUGGAGCUCUGUACUAGAUAUGCUACACAGAUUACCUCCCGUCGCGAGACUGAGUCGUUCGUUGAGAUUUGCAUUAUUCCUGCUCCGGAUGCCUCUCUUGUACACAAGGCCAAGAUUCAGUCUUUUAAAAAGACACUCAACGGCACCGAGGAUUUUCGUUCGGAAUUUCCAAAUGUUCUCAAAGAGGUCAACGAGUAUAUGGAAAUCCGCUCGGAUCUUUCUUCCAAGGAUGGGUCAGUCUUUAGUAAAGAUGUGUUACGCAUCGAGUUGUGCGGACCCACGGAAGACUAUCUCACGGUCAUCGAUGUGCCGGGCAUCUUUCGGGACCCUACGGAUGGCAUCACGACUGACAGCGAUAUCGAGCUCGUUCGAGACAUGGUCAAGAACUAUAUCAGAGAUUCUCGCACUGUGAUCUUGGCCGUCCUCCCUAGCAAUGUGGAUAUCGCCACCCAGGAGAUUCUGAAGCUCGCCAAAGACUACGAUGUCAAUGGGGAGCGUACUCUUGGGGUCCUGACGAAACCUGAUUUGGUAACCGAGCAGAGUGCCAAGGCAACUUUGUGCUCGCUGGUGUUGGGCCACAAAAGACCGCUCACCCUCGGAUAUCAUCUGGUGAGAAAUCGUGGCGCAGAUGAAAAUGAUGCGCUCGAUCAUGGGGCAGGAGAGAGAAUGUUUGAUAGCUCCCCUUGGAGUACCUUGCCAAAGGACAAAAUCGGCGUCCAAGCCCUCCGGCGACGACUCGGCGAGCUCCUGGGUCAAAUCACGGAACGGGAGUUCCCAGAGCUGCGUAAAGACCUCAAAGCUCAGAUUGAGUCGUGCCAGCAAGAUCUGGAACGCCUGGGGCCUGCGCGUCAAACCGAACAGGAACAGCGUGCGUUUCUGAGCGGAAUCGCACGUCGUUUCCAAACCCUCUCCCGGGCUGCACGUGAUGCUCAUUAUUCAGAGGAUGCAGCAUUCGAACAGACGGAAUUCAGGCUGUUGACGCACAUUGUCAAUCUUUCCGACCUAUUCAACUCGGUCUUCCAAGAGAAGGCCCACCUGCGUGGUUUUGAGCGCCCUGCCUUGGAAACAGACGAGGGCCAGAAAAGUGAACGUGAUGAGCCCACCGAUGCUCCCAAGCAAACCAAAGUCUGGGCUCGUCUGAGUGCCAAGCAAGCCGAGACUUUUGAAAGCCUUGAUCCCAGCAACUUCCCGGAGCUGGAGCAGAUCAUCAGCCGCGGCACAGAUACUAAAGAUCCCGCAGAAGGUAUCAAAGCUUGGAUUGAAGACCUGUACCUCAACUCCCGUGGGCUCGACUUGGGAACUUUUGGUGGUACUAUUCUGUCCAGCGCUUUCAAGGAGCAGACCAUGAAGUGGGAGCUCAUGACGCGGGAGUAUGUCUCGAACAUAAUCAUGGUGGUUCACCGGUUCCUUUGCUCGGCAUUGGGUAAAGUCUGCGCCAACCGACAACUUUAUGACAGAGUGCGGUCCAGCAUCCUUGACGAGCUCCUCGAACGGUAUAACGUGGCCAUGACACAGGCAUUAUUCCUUCUGUCCGUUGAGCGAAACCGCCGACCUUAUACCCUCAACGAUUACUUCAGCGACACCCUCCAGAAGAUGCGUGGGGCUCGGGUGGCCAAGAUGCUGGAGGGAAAUGCCCGAGGUGAGAUGAGAAAGGACCGGAACGGCUACUGGGCAUCCUCUGGCAACAAGGUGGUCGAUCUGGAAGCUGUCAAGGAAGCCGCCAUCAACCAGGGAAAUGUCGAGUAUGUGAAGGAGGAAAUCCAUGACAUCCUUUGGUCAUAUUACAAGGUGGCCUGCAAGAGGUUUGUAGAUAGCGUCUACAUGCAGGCCGUCGAGCACUGUCUCUUGACUGGACCGGAGAGCCCACUGGAAGCUUUCAGCCAGGACUGGGUCAUCAACUUGACUGGCGACCAACUAGAAGCCAUAGCGGGGGAAUCGCCAGUGGCCAAGGCGCGACGGGUGAGCUUGAUGCAAAAGGUGGACGAGUUGACUGCUGCUCUGCAGAUCUUGAAGUUUUGA